AUGAGUCAUUUGCUCAGAACUGAUAAUGCAUCAGGACCCAGGGAAGCAGCAAAGGAAACCCAAGGCCUCUCACAGCUCCAUUUCAGUAACCCAUCAGGAAAUCAGCUGAUGGAGUUCAGCCUUCAAAAUGCUUCCCAGAAGCAUGUCAAGAUCAGCAGGCAAUGCCACUGCAAAAAUUUUUUAUCACCUCCAGAGAAGCUCAUCUCUGGGAUCCUGGGCAUCAUCUGGUUUGCCUUAUUAGUCGCCUUGGUGAUAACAACCAGAGUUGUCUUUCCAUAUUCUGAAGCAAAAGCACAGAUCAACGCCUCCCUAACUAGAACCCAGAAAGGUACACCUCUCUUGCUUUCUUCAGUACACUCUUGUGGUCAAUGUUCAAAGGAGUGGAUAUCAUAUUCCCACAACUGCUAUUACAUUGGUAUGGAGAAAAAAACUUGGAAUGACAGUUUAGUGUCCUGCGCUUCUAAAAACUCUACUCUGCUUUACAUAGAUAAUGAAGAGGAGCAGGUUUUUCUGCAAGUUCUCUCACUGGUCUCAUGGACUGGAGUCUUUAGGAAGAGCAGAGAUCAACUCUGGGUUUGGAAAAAAGACUCAACUUUCAAACCAGAGAUAAUAGAGCAUAUUGAACAUAAUAACUGUGUCAUGCUGUCAGCUUUUGGCCUUACAACAGAUGAUUGCACAGCUUUACAUACAUAUCUUUGUGAGAGCAAUUUCAACAACUAAAACACCCACACAUGGAGUCUGCCAGUUUGUUUAUAUGGUGGAUUGACAGAUUUUUGGUGUGUUGAACAUUCCUUCAUCUCUUGGAAGAAGCCUACUUGAUCCUGAUGGAUGAUCUUUUUAUGUGUUCUUGGAUUCAGUUUGCAAGUAUUUUAUUGAAUACAUUAUUGCUUCCAUGUACAUGAGGGAAAUUGGUUUGUAAUUCUCUUUCUUUCUUGAGUCUUUAGUGCUUUGGGUAGCAGGGUGACUGUUGUUGCACGAAAUGAAUUUGGUAAUGUUCCUGAAAUGAUUUCUUAAUAUAAUUUCAAUAUCUUAGGUCUGUAAAACAUAUAAUGAAAAAAAAUUUAAAUACAGACAUAAAAUAUUUACACUUUCUUAAUACUUUUUCAGGGGCCUUUAAUCAGUUUCAUGUGUCUUUUGUUUCUUCCUUUUGUUUUUAAAUUCUCUUCCACAUUUAUUUAUGUUGUAUGUGUGUGUAUGCCUGUGUAAGUGUGCACACACACAUGUUCACACACAUGCCCAUGCCAUUGCACAUGUACGGAAGUCAGCGGAGGGAGAGUAUAGAGGAGUUGGUUCUCUCUCGCUGCCAUGCAGGAGUCAGGGUUCAAACUCAGGUCAAAAUAUUUGGUGGCAGACACGUUUAACUGCUAAACCAUCUCACAACCCUUUGUUUUGUUUUGGACACAGUGUCUCCCUGUGAGCACAGACUUACAUCAAACUGUCACCAAUCAUUCUGUCUCUUGAGAGCAGAUCUUACAGGUGUGUGUCACCAAGCUUGGCCUUCUGUCUCUUCAAUGAAAAUAAGUUUGGUCCUUAUUGGUAGUUUUUGUUGCAAUUUUG